GAAGCCGGCGUUGUGCAGACGACGACGACGACUACGAAGGGACGAAGGCGGUGCGGCGAGCGAGCGAGCGAGCGCGAGAGCGAAAAGUGCAGCAGGAGCUGCGAGCAGGAGGACGAAGAGGAAGAGGAAGAUCAGCGGCAGAGGAAGGAAGGAAGGGAGGGAGCGAACGAGGAACGGAGGCCGAGGCAGAAGCAUAGCGAGAGAGCAAGCGCGAGCGCGAGGAAAGAAGCUGCAGCAUAAGCAGAAGCAGGGCGCGAGAGACAGGGCGAAGAGAGGGGAGGAAUGGGGAGGAGGAGUGGUGCUUUGACGGCGAAGAAGCAGACGAGGGCUCGUUUGGCCUUCUUGUCAUCGCGGUGCUCGAUGGCAGCAGGAGGACGAGGCCGAGGCGGUGAGAAUUUUUAGGCGGGAGCGGCAGGCAGCAAGCCGCGCGGAGACGAAGGCGGUGGUCUUUGCAGUCAAAGGGCGUUGUUAGCAGAGCCCGCCGGAGAGGAGGCGAGGUCGGACAUUGUCGUUGGCAUUAGAGGUAACCUCGCGUGUUUGUGUGUUCGUGCGAGUCAAGGAGCGAAUACUGCGAGGUUUGUGUGUGCGUGCGCUCGGGUCUCGUCUCCGGAGCUUUUCCUCUCGGCGCAGAAAGAGUGCGUGCAGCUGCAGGCGGGGGGGAAAGCGGAAGUUGUAACUCAGGUUCUGCCAUCGAUCGCCUCCCGGGAGCAACCAACUGUCGAGACACGGAGCGGAGCGAGCGCGUGGAGGUCAUUGUCAGGCGGCGGGCGCAGCAGGAGCAGCGUUCAGGAUGAAAGACGUCAUUUGAAAUCGGAAAGUCGUCAUGGAGUUUGGGUAUGUAUAUCGCGUCGGGAUUUGCGUGUAGGGCUAUCGCAGGUCAAAUCCGGUUUCCGCCCUCUGUUCUUCGAGAUUGUGGACCCUCGCCACUUAGCAAAGUAUGCCGGGAUUGCCGCUGGCGGAUUUUCUGGAUUCUUGGUUAGACGCGCGCUAGCGCUCGGUGGACUUUUCCUUCCGUGCUGUGAUGUUACCUCCAUAUCUAGGCCAUUCUGGGAAGCCGCGUUGUCUGCAUCGGGACUGAGACGCUGCGGACCGACGACUCGUAUCGAAGCUCAUCGCAUGGUGCGAGGUUGCGCACGGGACCGAGCUUUUGCCCCUUCUUUGUAGAAGUCGCUCCUUGAACGAGAGACCUACAGAACCGGCUUUGUCAAAUUUGUCGCUUUUUUUACCCCGCUUUUUCUCGGAGGGAGCACACAUGCAUUGGUCCCCAUAAGGCAGGCGUACGGGAAGAUGGCCGUGUUGUCGACCGAGGAGAUAUCCAAGCUCUCUCACAGUCCUGCUCACAUUGCCAUUGCUCGCCGCGAUCACUCUGCCCUACGCCGCAUCCUCGCGUCGGUGCCUCGGCCUGCCAAAGCCGGCGAGGUGCGCACCGAAGCCGAGUCGAUUAUUGCGGAGCAAAGAGCCGACGAGGCGUCAGCGGUAAUUGAUCGCAGGGAUGUUCCGGGACGCGAGACGCCUCUGCACUUGGCCGUUAGGUUGGGAGAUGCGGACGCCGUCGAAAUGCUCAUGGCGGCCGGGGCCGACUGGAGCUUACAGAAUGAGCACGGGUGGAGCGCGUUGCAGGAGGCCGUGUGCGCCCGGGAGGAUGCCAUUGCGAUGAUCAUCACUAGGUAUUACCAACCCAUGGCAUGGGCCAAAUGGUGCCGGCGUUUGCCUCGCCUUACAGCUGCCAUGGGGCGAAUGCGGGACUUCUACAUGGAGCUGACGUUCCACUUCGAAAGCUCUGUCAUUCCUUUCAUCGGUCGAAUUGCUCCGUCGGACACCUACAGGAUAUGGAAGCGCGGUUCCAAUCUCAGGGCAGACAUGACUUUGGCGGGGUUUGACGGUUUCAGAAUACACAGGUCGGAUCAAAGCUUCUUGUUUCUAGGGGACGGUAGCGAGGAUGGUAAACUUCCAGCUGGCUCGUUGUGUGUCCUCAGUCACAAAGAAAAAGAAGUGAUGAACGCCUUGGAAGGAGCGGGAGUGCAACCCUCGGAAGCCGAAAUUGCCCAAGAAGUGGCAGCUAUGUCUCAAACCAACAUGUACAGGCCAGGUAUCGACGUCACACAAGCAGAGCUUGUGUCACAUCUGAAUUGGAGGAGGCAAGAGAGGACCGAAAUGGUCGGUGCAUGGAAAGCCAAGAUUUUUGACAUGCACCACGUGCUUGUUAGCGUCAGGUCGAGAAGAGUGCCUGGGGCCAUGACCGAUGAGGAGCUAUUUGCUGUCGAAGGGGACAGGCAAGAGGGAGGCGAGCUGGACGAAGAUUACGCUGAUCUUUUGACAGCAGAGGAGAAGCAGCAGUUAGAGAGUGCUUUGAGGCGCGAUAAUUUUGAUGACGACGGUUUUGAUGACAGUCGUCCAAGGCCCAGCAAAGUGGGUCAGGCAAAUGGAAACGGAAGCUACGAUAGCUUCGACGAAGAGUUGGAGGCGGCAGACGAGGAAUACAAUUUCCACCCCUCUCCAGCUGUAGAACGAAUCGAAACCCAUGAUGCCAAUAUGGCCUCUACUAACUCCGAAAAGAAAGGAUGGUUCGGGUGGGGUAGGAAGAGCGUUAAGGUCGACAGCAAGAGAGGAGAGGAAAGGGCUUCUUCUAGUCAUGAGCCUGCCAGAAGAUCGACGAUGAAGCCCCCCCGAGCUACGGAUGCCAUAGCCCACCGAAGGUCUGUGGACCAUAGGCGUUCUGUAGAUGUACCAGAUAGAAGGCAUUCGUCGGUGGACGUGAUGGUGGACAGGAGGGGUUCUGUUGACCGGAGGCCUUCCAGCGUUAGAGAUGAAGACCUGUUCAUGCUCCGGAAGGGUAAGGAGAAGUCGAAGAAGGCUUCUAAAGAACCGGUGCGAAAGCGCAGGACAGAGGCCAACAGCGAGAGCGAGUACAAGAAAGGACUAAGGCCUGUACUUUGGCUGACCCAGGACUUCCCUCUGAAGACUGAGGAGUUAUUGCCUCUCCUGGACAUUCUUGCCAACAAGGUUAAGGCUGUUCGCAGGCUGAGGGAGCUGCUGACCACAAAGUUGCCGAAUGGAACAUUUCCUGUGAAGGUUGCGAUUCCCGUCGUGCCUACGAUCAGAGUGGUUAUAACAUUCACUAAGUUUGAGGAGUUGAAAUCCAGCGAAGAAUUUAGUACGCCUCUAUCGAGUCCUGGACACUUCCAAGAUUCUAAAGGAAAGGAGGGUGAAUUACCGAAUUUAUCGUCUGCCUCAUGGUUUUCAUGGAUUAGAGGAUCUCAAAAUGGGAGUUCUAAUGGUGCUGUAUAUUUGGAGGACCAUAUAGAGGAAGAAAUCGAUCCUUUCUUGAUUCCGGCAGAUUAUACAUGGGUUGACAUGAAUGAAAAGAAGAGACGCAUGAAAGAAAAGAAGGGCAAGAGUAAGAAGGGCAAAAAACCUGUCAGAUCCCGUUCAGAAGCAUUGGAAAGUGACAAUGAAUUUUAGUGUUGCUUAGGUUGGAAGGUAUGUACAUGCAGUGCUUAAGUUCUCUCGAUUGAAGCAAGCUAUGAAAAACUCCUCAAAGGUAAGAUUUUGUUUCAGUCAGCGAAGAACUCGUUAUAGAGAUCAGUCGGAUGUGGCCAUUAGAAGCAUUUAUGUACAUCCAUUGGUGUACGCUUAUGACUUAGGUUGGUAAAUCAUAGCAUGGCUGGAUAUGUAGGAUGUAGGAAUGGUCUUGUGCGGACGGUUACACUGGAAUCUCAGCGGGAAACAGGUACUUGUUUAUGGAAGUGCACUGUCACUCCGUGUGUAUUGGAAGUUAUGUCACAAGAUAAUGCGAGUUAUUUGCCUCUCUGUGCACGCCGCACUACGAGAGAAGGUUAUUCAAUCUUUCAUAAGAUUUCUAGUCGAGACUUACGUAUCAACGGUCGGGCUGAUGGUUGCCCCAGCAAGUUUCUUAAAGUUUCCUCUCAACCUUGUAGAUCUAUCAUCAAUGUAAAACAAAUGCUCAUCUAUAUUGAUUACCUCCUUUUGCCC